AUGUUCUGUGUACAAAUUGUUGUUGCAACAGCUUCCCAGUACUUUGUCUGCUGCAUCAGAUUUAGAACACUCCAGGGAAGAAAAAACACAAGAUGCCAGGACCAGGUCCGCACAUGAUGUACACUCUGGGCACAGGCCAAGCUCUAUCCAGAGUCUCAAAUGGUCGAUUCAGCCCACACCACUGCAUCAUCUACUCAAUCAACGCCUUUUUUGGGCCAGACAUGGGCUCUUUCUCACUCUGGCUCACUUCCACUCUUGGCUUUGGUGCCGCUUAUGGCUCUGCAAUUGAGGAUUUCAUUCACCACCCUUUUUAUUAUUUCGUGUUUCUUGGAUACCCACUUUGUCUGUUUUAUAGUUGGGUUUCUAGAUUUUUGCUGCACAAGGGCUUUCUUGAUUCCAUUUCUGGGGCGCCUCUUACGAAGAGACAGUGUUUCUUGUUGAUUGCAGCUGGGUCUUUGUCACAUUUCUUCUUGGAUCACUUGUUUGAGGAAAAUGGUCAUUCCUCUGUAUACACUUGGGUUCUUAGCACUGGUUGGUGGACUAGUAGAGCUCCAGUAAAUCCAGAUGCUGUUGUUGUAGUUAGCUUUCUGUGUACAUUACUUAUAGUCGGCUUCAUUUACAUUAACAGAGUAAAAUCCUUGAAGCAGUUCACUAAACAAUCAAAUCAAUCGGUAAAACUUACCAUUAUCGUUGCUUCCCUGUACGGUAUAUGGUGUUGGAGUCAGAUAUACUUUGUUGAUCCUCGGAGAGCAGCAGUUGGUGAAGAGGCUGAUCUUGGAGUUCUUGUGUUUUUAGGUAUUUAUUUCUUCCUUCCUCACUGGUUGUGUAUUAUGUCUAUGAACGAAACAAAUAUAAUUGACGUGGAGAAACAACUCCCGCGCUAAAUUUUAUAUCUGUAAUGAGGUGAGCAUCACAUCACAGCUACUUUAUAUAGCAGAAUUAUCAGUGUUUGACAUACA